UUCUUCAUCACAGGCAGCCAUAUUGGAACUUCCUGCACUUGAUUACCGACGACAUUAGACACUUUAAAUUGAAGCAAUUUGUUUUAUUUUUUCCGUCCACUGGUAAACGGAAAAUACACAUAUAAAUCUGGAGUUAUACUUGCCAUGUCCACAAUGAAUCCCGAAUAUGAUUUCCUAUUUAAGCUCCUUCUGAUUGGAGAUUCUGGUGUUGGAAAGUCCUGCUUGCUUUUACGAUUUGCGGAUGACACUUACACAGAGAGUUACAUCAGCACAAUCGGUGUAGACUUUAAAAUCAGAACCAUUGAACUAGAUGGGAAAACAAUCAAACUUCAAAUCUGGGACACAGCAGGCCAAGAGCGGUUCCGAACCAUCACAUCCAGCUACUACAGAGGAGCACAUGGAAUCAUAGUGGUAUACGAUGUAACAGAUCAGGAAUCAUUCAAUAACGUGAAACAAUGGCUACAAGAGAUUGACCGCUAUGCGUCAGAGAACGUCAACAAACUACUCGUGGGAAACAAAUGCGACUUAACAACUAAGAAGGUUGUGGACUACACAACGGCAAAGGAAUAUGCAGACCAACUUGAGAUCCCCUUCCUUGAAACAAGUGCCAAGAAUGCCACGAACGUCGAGCAGGCUUUCAUGACAAUGGCUGCCGAGAUCAAGAACCGCAUGGGACCCGGGACUGUACCCUCAGACAGUAAACAUGACAAAAUCAACCCCAGCAGCACGCCCGUUAAACAAGGGGGAGGAGGGUGCUGCUCUUAAUUGUAACAAUAGGGGGCUUGUACUAUUAUAAAUAGCCUGGUUUGUCUAAUAAAAGCCUAUUGUUUGUUGGUGAGCACUGGCUGGAAUUGUGUCCUUGAAUUGGGGGGUUGUCUAUAACAAUGCUACGUGUAACGAUAUUAUUACAACACAUUUUGUUGUGUCCCCCUCUACAAAAUAAAAGCUGUAUAAAAUGAAGUAUUUUCACGUGCAAAUAUAAUACUCUUUUAUUAAACGUCUGUGUAUCUUUGGAUUAAACAAAGCGUUACUUUUGUGCAAAAGCAAUUUUAUGUUUGUUGAAAAUGCUUAUAUGUACUUGUAUCACAGGCUGGGAUAUGCAUAUUUCCUAUUGUGAUUAAGCACAGUGUUUCUUGACCCCAAAAAAUGGUCUCAGGAUCGGUAACAGAAUAACUCACAAGGUCACCAAUUUAAAGGACACAAUACGCUUCAGUGACACUUUUAAACAAAACUUCCAAGGGUCAACCGGGAAGGGGGUUGUAUAUUAAUUUUUUUGUUUCAUUAUACUAAACUAAGGACGGGAAUAUAUAAUUGUUUAAACAAAGAAAAGUGUGAUGUUUGUCAUUCCCAAAAUUCAGCUACCUAUUCUACCGUGACAGCCAAGUGAGAGAUAUCUGGGAUUAGGGAGGAAGGUUUUUGAUAGUGACAUGGUGUUUUAGACUGUGUGAAGAUUUUGGAAUUCCACGUAUCGCAGAAAUCGUAUUGUCUCUGCAUGUAAUACUGUGCAUUUAUUAUAGCAAUAUUUAUCAGUGAUUGUAAAAUUGGAAGCUUGUGAUUCGAGAUCAAUGGCAAAGCAAAGACACUUUGUAGGUUUGAAUGUAUAAAGAUGCGCAAUUCUUCCAUGUUCAGAGUCAAGAUAAAACAUUUUUAAUUGUGGGAAACCUCAUGCUUUAAUCAGGAUAGGUGGAGACUCUGUUAAGUUUUUUUUUUUUCAAUUCUGGCUGUGAUUUUGUUAACUCUCACAGCUCAAUGGCCGCUACUGGGUGGGGUUGUAUUGCUAGCUGGGGGUGUUCGUUCCCUUUCCUGAGAGUUGGAGAACUGAUUUCAGCCAGGUGGUGCAGCUGGCUAGCUGAAGUAUUUGAAUCAAGUUAUUAGAUAUUUUCUGAGGGCAGCAUGGUAAUUGUGCCAUUUAGAUUUGCGAGGCCAAAGUAAUCUGUGCUGUAGUAGUGAGACCCAUUUCCACGUCCAUGACUAUGUCACUCACUCAUUACUGAUUGACUCUGUUUGUAUGGACAUUUCAGACGUUACUGCGCAGUCCAUCAAUUUUUCAUUAUGACUUCCCGCAGUCAAACCAGGGGGAUGGCAGUAUUACUAGCUUUAUUCUGAGCUGAUUUCAACUGAGUUCUGCCAUGGCAAACCAAAACCUUUUAAUUUGAAGGUUUGUUGGCAGUUAUAGCCCAGGAUAGUGUAAGGAAA